AUGCGUUUAACCAAGCUGCAAUGGCUAUGGCUAGGGGUGGUAGCAACCAUCGGCAUUGUACUUGCAUACUUAGUAUCUAUUCUAGCUUACUUCGUCCCCCAGUUGUCGAUCUUCUCUGGUUCCCUAUCGCCCGCACACAAACCAAUUACAACUGAGGCUGGUCCUAGCAGUCUUAUUGCUGUAGAUCUGCGCUACCAGCGUAUCGCAAAUCGAUGGUCGUACAUGCUGGACGUUUCUCUUGGUACGCCACCUCAGAAUGUCUCUCUACAAGUCGAUACGGGCGCUGGCUUCACAUGGGUCAAAAGUCCACCUGCUGUCGGUUCAACUUCAUGCGACAAUUUCUCGUGUCGGAAAAAUCCUCUCUAUCACCAGCAGCGCUCGUCGACGAGAAAGGACCUUAAGAGAUCGUUUGACUAUAUUUAUGGUAAGGGAAAACACGCUGCAAAAGGGAAUAGACACAAGGAUCAUAUACACAUCGGUGGUGUCACAAUACCGCAAUUUAUGUUCGGCAUAGCAAAUAAGAUUGUUGAAAUAGAUGAUGGCGUAGCAGGUCUCGUGCCUCAUGACAAAGAUAGCCUUCAAGACCAGCUUUUCCGUGGGGGUAAGAUUGCAAGCCGAAUAUUUGGGAUCUAUCUUGGUGGCGCUACCAAUCGCAAAGGCUCGCUCGUUCUUGGCGGAAUUGAUCCAAAGAAGUACACAGGCUCACUCUCCAGGCAUGAUGUAGUCGAGCAUGACUACUUCAAAAUUCGCCUGGACUCCGUUGGAGUUACCAAAACAGGGACCACUUCGGUUCCUGUAAGCCAGACUUCGAUCAAUGUUCUCCUUGAUACUGGUUGCAACCACUCUAUCUUACCUGUCCCCGUUGUUGAGUCCAUCCUUGAGCAAAUAGGCUUCCCGCAACAGCCACCGGUACCAGUACUCUCAAAAGGAUACGAACUACCAUGUGCCUAUUUGAGAAAUACUUCCAUAACAAUCGACUUUGCCUUCGGCAAGAGAACCUUUCGAAUCCCUAUCAAGAACUUCAUGUAUGAGUUAGAACCAAACCUCUGCGUUCUAGGCAUAGAUGCUGCUCCCGAAUUUUUCGUUCUAGGAGACACCUUUUUGGAAUCUGUUUAUGUUGUACGUGACGAAGACGACGCGAGCAUCUGGCUUGCCCCUGCGGCCGAUUGUGGAUCCAGCCCAAUCGCUCUCGAACCCACCACUAGAAACCUAAUCGACUUUGGUGCACUGGCGGUCAACUCAGGUUCAAGCGUUCCAGUCCAAAUUAAUGCCAAGUCUAUCUCAUUUACAAAAGGGGAAUGCGAAUCCAAUUGA